AGUGCAAAUGUCGCUAAACGCGUAAAGAAGGAGUUUAAAGCGAGUAAUCCAAAAACAACCACCCCUGUUGCUACCGAGGCUCCCUCUUCUGAUGAACAGAAGCCCAGAAGACGACGACUCGAUGCAGAAGACUAUAUACGAAGGCGUUUCCUGUAUGAAGAUGACACACAGCCAAAGCGUGUUCGCAAUAAAUCUUCUGUCUCUAAAAUUGCUAGUGAUGUCAGUUCCCGAUUCCGAAACAGCGGGUCUACUGCUGCCCUUAUGGCUGUCUCAUCGGCCAACUUGAUGCAUAAAAAGCGCAAAAAACACGCGGACAAAGUUAACCAUCCUAUUAAAAGCCGUGUACCCUUGCAAAGUCGUCGCGGCCGAAAGCCAAAGCCCCGCUCAUAUGAUUCACGCCUGUCGGAAGCGGAUUCAAUGAACAGAUCUGGGCCGGUUGAUGAUUUUGAUAAUGAUACUGAAGGUCACACCUCUGACGACGCAAGAAGCCCUGUUCCGGACUAUCCUUACCGACCUGGUGACUUUCGUCACUACGAAAGGUCAGCUGGCGAUACUAAUCCCCUCGCGCCUCUCUUCCAUAACGCGAAGCAUCCUUCAUAUCGAAAUCGCGAACUAAGUCUUUCGCCCGAAGGAAUUCACAAUCAGGCCGACCAAAGAUUCGCUCCUUUCUCCGAACUCGUGCUGGAUGAUAAUGCUGCUGGGUUUAACCGUAGUGCGGACCCCCAAAUGCCAAACAGAAGAAUUCGCCAUCGCCUCGUACCAAAACCUACUCGAAAACCAGAAAUCCCAAAGCCUUUGUCGUCUUACCCUGGUAGAGGUUUUGAUGUUGCAGAAUUUGAAACCCCAGAGAAAACUGGCUUCCAUGGUCACAGUGACAUCAGCCCGAUCAUGCCCAUGCCUGAAAACGUGGAUGAAAGUAUCGAACUGCACAAUACCCAGCCGGAACCCCAGAUGGAACAAAUGAACCUACAAGUGGACGACAAGGGCCAGCUGCUAGCCCCACACGACCCCUCGGUUGUUGAUGUUGACGAGUUUUCUGGGGACCUGCUUCAUCAGCGAAUGGCUGCUGUUCCAGCUACAGGUAGCAGCCGUAGGAAGUCGCCCAUCCGUCCCAUGCAAGUUGUUCGGACAGAACCCCUCAUCUACCAGGAUCCCGUAGGCGAACGUGUUGGUCGUGAGGCCCGGCCCUAUAUGGUGGACUCUAUUCAUGCCAGGUAUGGUGGAGGAAAUAACCUUGUUCAACAACAACAACAACCCGUCCUUGCAAGUGCUAUACCCCAAUCAGAUCCCUCGGAUGCCAUAGAUGGUGACAUGCGCAAUUUUCCCGAUCAAAUGCACACCGGCCUGGUUGAUCUCUGUGCUGCUGCGCAUGAUGAACUGGUUGAUUUGCACUCUACAAACGAGGGUGGAUACAUCUCCCCAUCCUCGACCGCCUCUUCUAUGCCCGGAAUGGGUGAUUUGAGUAUGACUGUGGGUGCAGCGCCUGUCACUACAGUGACAAAGUUGCCGGUCGUGAUGGAAGCUAUCCACGGUCGCAUUGCUCUUAUUGUUUGUCGUGACCAUGUGGAUAUAUAUGAGCACGAAGUUCGAUGA